GACUGCAAUUUCUGCCCUUGAUCUUACGUACCUUUUCUCUACGCUUGGUACAAAUAAUGGUUGUAAUUAUUAGUACAAUAUUAAGUUCUGAGCCACGAAUCAUCCAAAUAGGACGCAGUGGUUCAUUGUACUGAUACGAAAGCUGCACUUGGUUACUCCGAAGACAUUAACAAAUAUUGGUUUAGUUUUUCAUCAUGCCAUGCUGGUACUAUGAAAAAAAAGAGCUACGAAAUACGCCCUCGAUUCAGGAUGGCAUCGAUUAUGAGACAGAGUGUCGGUAUCGAAAAGAAGGAGCAAGGUUUAUCAUUGAUACUGGCACAAAAAUGGAUCUGGGCUACAACACCAUGGCAACUGGCGUUGUCUACUUUCACAGAUUCUACAUGUUCCACUCGUUCAAGAAUUUCCCGAGAUACGUCACCGCCUGCUGCUGCUUAUUUCUUGCCGGCAAAGUCGAAGAAACGCCAAAGAAGUGCAAAGAUAUUAUAAAAACAGCAAAAACCCUACUGAGUGAACAGAAGUUCAUGACAUUUGGUGAAGAUCCUAAGGAGGAGGUGAUGACACUUGAAAGAAUUCUUUUACAGACUAUAAAAUUCGACCUGCAAGUCGAACAUCCAUAUAGUUACUUAUUGAAAUAUGCAAAAUGUCUGAAAGGUGACAAAAACAAACUUCAAAAGAUGGUACAGAUGGCAUGGACUUUUGUGAAUGACAGCCUAUGUACUACCCUGUCACUGCAGUGGGAACCAGAGAUUAUAGCCGUUGCACUGAUGUACCUGGCUGGAAAGCUGAGCAAGUUUGAAGUAGUUGACUGGAACGGCAGACUUCCCAAGCAUCUGCGAUGGUGGGAUAUGUUUGUUGAAGAUGUAACCAUGGAUUUGUUAGAGGAUAUUUGCCACCAAGUCUUGGACCUCUAUUCGCAAGCCAACAAUGCCAAGGCUCCGGAUUCUCCUCCUCUCAUCUCCACGCACGAAGCAAACAGAGAAUGGGCUGCUAUCCCUACAGCGAAUGACGCUGCUUCUAGUGCACCAGCAACUCCAAGCAAACUAGUAAAACCCGAAGUUGUUCCUGGGACUAUGAAUGGUUCAUCAAGCGCGGAGGUUACCGAUGGUUCCAAGGCACUCGAAAUUUCCGCGCAUUUUCCCCCCUACCCGACAACAUUUGCUCCAUCUUCAACGGCCUACCCCCCAGUGUUUCCACCGACAAACAUAUCCGUGCCUCCGCCAUCAGUGACAACAAUCAAUCAUAUAGUCUCAACUAUGCAUCAUCUAAAUUCGUCAGGCUCCAUCCGACCCCCAACCACUGCUCUCGCUCCUCCUCCUGCAUUUCAACCAUUUCCCUAUCCCACUGGUACCACUUAUUUCCAACCUGGAAAUCCUGCUCCACCCACUACCACCCAAAGAGCAUAUUAUCCACCCUAAUCGAUUGACAAUUCGGAAUUGAAUAUCGGUUUUUCCACUGUAUUGUGUAGCCACUUAAUUUUUAUGAUAAAAUAAAUGCGGGUCGAGGACAGCGUUCAAGUA